AUGCCAGUGCUUGGAGUGCUACCGGUAGGCGAUACUGGAGUGUCUGUUGUCGUGGAGGAAGAUAUCUCUCCGCUGGUGACUAAACGGAUCGUGGGCUGCGGUGUAGAAACAGCAGACACGCUAGACCCUGGAGUCGUAGAUACUGAUAUGGCACCAUCGUUGCCAGUAUUGGACGGUACGGCGGAGCUGUCCGUCACGGGAGGAUCUGUCGUGCCUGUCGCCAAGCGGAAUGUCGGCUGCGGAGUGAUCGGGGUGUCGGUAAUGGGGGUCGAUGAACUUGAGCCCACAGGGACGUCACUGUUGUCGGUGAGCUGGAAGCUGUUGCUGCUGAUUCUGCUCCGUUUGAUGCGUCGUCGAGUUGAGAGUCCAAGCCAGCGCGCGGAUGCCACGGACGUCCAAAGACCCCGCUCGAUGCGAGCGCCCGCGUUACUGCUGCCAGAUCCAGAGCUGCUGGAAGAACCUCCGCUGACGAUGUUGUCACCCUGCGCAGUGCUGGAAGAAUCCUGGAUGGUUGCGCUCCCAGUGGAGCUGCUGUCUGCAGCGGUGGACGAUCUGCUGCCGGCAGUGCUGCCUGAGGAAGACCCGCCUCGAAGCGAACUGCUCGUAGAAGAGGUCGUGUGGGAGUUUGUUGUGGAGGUCGUCGCUUGGGAAUUCGUUGUAGCACCCCCAGACAUCGCUGCGGAGCCUGUGGCUGAGCUAGUGGUGGUACUGGUGGAAGUAGCAGCGUUGGCAGCGUUUUCAGUUCCGGUCAUUGAAGGGGCUGCCGUAUUUACAGCCGUAUUGGAAGUGUCGAUAGCUGCUACAUUCGUCGAAGACCCUACUGCAGCCGAACCCGUCCCUGUGGCAGCAGUCUCGCCAGUAGCUCCAUUCGUGGAGGACGUUGAGGGAGUAUUCGACGUAGCACCGUUAGUAGUCUCAGAUACGGCCGCCGCAGCGCUGGGCGGUGCAUUUGAGGCAACAGGAGUCGAGGAGGCUGCAGUUCCCGAUCCGGUCGUCGCAGCGACUGGCGUUGCCGUGACUGCCGAAUCCGCAGCCGUUGAGCUUUGUGGGCUUGGCGUCGCCGCCGCCGCAGUACUGGCUGAAGGUGUCACGGAAUUACUCGACCCUGAGGUCACAGCUGGAGCACUGGAGGCUUCGGCUGUGGAUGGCCCGGAGUUGAUAGCGGAGCUCGUGGAAGUUCCUCCCGCCGUGCUUGACGUUGACGUUGCACUUGUGCCUGCUGCGUGGACGUUGAGCUGCCGCACCGUUGCAGUUAUCCAGGACAAUGACCGAGUUGCCCUGAGCGUCUUGCUCGAAGUGGAACGUGGAGCACGUCACUUGAGCGGAGGUACUCGAGGCCGCAAGAAGAGCGAGUACCAGCGACACGAUGAUCUGCAUGCUGGCGGCUGA